AUGAAUUCAUAUUUAAAGGGAAGGAUCCAAAGAGUUCAUGUCAAUGGAGUCACCUCUCCGGGUUCGCAGGUAUCAAUGGGCGUCCCCCAAGGAUCGAUUCUCGGGCCUUUCUUAUUUCUGAUUUACAUAAAUGACCUCCCAUUCUUUGUCAACGAAGUUCAUGAGAUGGUAUUGUUUGCUGAUGACACUUCACUUCUAUUUAAAGUGAAUAGGAAUAACGUAUUAUUGGACGAUGUAAACAAUUCUAUCUCUCGUAUAGUUAACUGGUUUAAUGUAAAUAACUUAUUGCUUAAUGAGAAUAAAACAAAAUGUAUUAGAUUUACAACUACUAGCGUAAAGCGAGAUAUUGGUAACCUGAAAAUUAAGGACAGUGAACUAAACUUUGUUGACAAAACUGUUUUUCUAGGCAUAACAAUAGAUAGUAAACUCCAAUGGGGCCCACACAUAGAGACUCUUUCGAAUAGGCUGAGCUCUGCAGCAUAUGCAGUAAAGAAAAUCCGACAGUUUACUGAUGAGGACACGGCUAAAAUUGUGUACCAUAGCUACUUUCAUAGCGUUAUGUCGUACGGCAUUUUACUGUGGGUGCUGCUGCAGAGGUUCAAUCCAUAUUUGUGCUGCAGAAGCGGGCUGUUCGGGGUAUUUGUUGUGUUUCUCCGAGGGAGUCGGCAACUGGCCAAUCAGUUUUAUGUUGAUAUGUACGUUAAGGUAGAAAGUGAACGAUUACGAUACAUAACAUUAAAUCAAACUAAAUUAAGAGCAGAAAAUUAUAUCCACCUUCAAGACGCAGUAGCGAAUGACGCUAAUCUAAAUCCAAAUGAUAUUGGUAGAAUGAUAAUUUUACCGUCUUCAUUUGUAAAUAGUCCGAGGUACUUACACGAAUAUACUCAGGAUGCGUUUGCUUAUGUACGUACAUAUGGUCGUCCUGACUUAUUCGUUACGUUUACUUGCAACCCAGCAUGGCCGGAAAUAGUAAAUGAAUUAAUGCCGGGUCAAAGCGCGAUUGAUAGGCAUGAUGUAGUCGCAAGAGUUUUUAGGUUGAAAGUUAAAAAACUUAUGUCUGUUAUUUCCAAAGGCAGAAUAUUUGGAGAAGUGAUCUGCUUUAUGUAUUCCAUAGAGUGGCAGAAGCGUGGCCUACCACAUGUCCACAUAUUAUUGUGGUUAAAAGACAAGUUGAGACCCGAUCAAAUUGAUAAUAUUAUCAGCGCAGAAAUACCCGAUCCAAGCACUGACAAGACACUUCAUGAUAUUAUAGUUAAAAACAUGAUUCAUGGUCCAUGUGGACCUGAAAAUCCUCAGUGCCCUUGCAUGAAAGAUGGAAAAUGCACAAAGAAAUUUCCUCGCAAAUUACACAAAGACACUGUCCACAGUGAAAACGGAUACCCACUCUAUCGUAGAAGAGCACCAGCAGACGGAGGUCGAACGGCAUCUGUGAAACUACGAAAUGGGAGUUACGUCACUAUUGAUAAUAUGCGCGCUAUCAAAUAUAUCUGCAAAUAUAUUAACAAAGGCAGUGACCAAGCUAUUUUCAAUUUUAGGAGCACAGAGCUUGCAAAUCGCGUAAAUGAAGUACAUACAUAUCAAUCUGGUCGUUAUGUUAGCAGCAACGAAGCCGUGUGGCGGUUAUUAGGGUUCCCGUUGCACGAAAGGCACCCCACCGUUACACAUCUAAGUGUACACUUAGAGAACGGUGAACGAGUUUAUUUUACAGAAGAUAAUUUCCACGAGCGACUAUCUACUCGACCAAAAACCACCCUUACAGCUUUUUUUGAACUUUGCAUAAGAGAUGAGUUUGCAAGAACUCUUAUGUAUGCUGAGGUACCGAGAUAUUACACAUGGGACGCAACCAGAAAAACUUGGAAACGCCGAAUUCAAGGAACUUCGGUUCAGAACUGGCCUGGUGUCAAAUCUGGAGAUGCCUUAGGACGGGUUUACACAGUCCAUGUUACUAACAUGGAAUGUUUUUGUUUAAGGAUGCUUCUACACCAUGUGCGUGGGCCAACCUCUUUCAAUGAUCUCAAAAAAUACAACAAUCAAGAAUUUUCAACAUUUCGAGAGGCAUGUGAGGCAAGAGGAUUAUUGGAGGAUGACAAUCAUUGGAAUAUAACACUGGAAGAGGCUGCACAAUGUAGAUCAGCGGCCAAGGUGAGAAUGCUUUUUGCUAUACUAAUAGCGACAUGUGGGCUUUCAAACCCUCAACAACUGUGGGAAAGGUACAAAAUUCAAAUGGCCGACGAUAUUUUACACAGAGUACAACAUCAUAAUCCAAACGUUACAUACAAUGAUUUCAUUUUUAAUGAAGCCCUAACAAAGAUAGAAGACCAAGUCAUAACUAUAACUGGGAAAGAUUUGUCAGAUUUUGGGUUGAGCAGGCCGCAAAGAACUGGGGAAGUUUGCAGUGAUAUAAUAAGAGAAUUGAGUUACGAUGCUGCUUCUUUACAACAACAAAUAACUGAGUCUGUUCCGCGUCUAAACCCAGAACAAAAAUUAGUUUUUGAGAAUGUUGUGCAAAAAAUCGAAAGUGGCGAAGGUGGUUUAUUCUUUUUGGAUGCGCCAGGAGGCACGGGUAAAACAUUUCUUUUAAAUUUACUUUUAGCCCAAAUUCGUAAAGAUAAAGGAGUUGCUGUUGCUGUAGCUUCUUCUGGAAUAGCAGCUACGUUACUUAAUGGUGGCCGAACGGCACAUUCAGUACUUAAACUGCCAUUGAACUUAGCUCAUGAGGAAAUGCCAGUUUGUAACAUUACUAAAAAUAGUGACCGUGGACGAAUGUUACAGCAAUGUAAGCUGUUGGUUUGGGAUGAAUGUACCAUGUCCCACAAAAGAGCGAUAGAAGCACUAGAUCGGACCAUAAAAGAUAUUAAGAGUAACCUAAGUAUCAUGGGUGGUAUGGUGGUACUUUUAGCUGGCGAUUUUAGACAGACUCUGCCGGUAAUUACUAGAGGCACGCCGGCAGAUGAAAUAAAUGCAUGUUUAAAAGCGUCUCCAUUAUGGGUGCAUGUAAAAAUUUUUUGUCUGACUACAAAUAUGCGAGUACAACUGCACAGUGAUACACAAUUGGUGCAAUAUGCGGAUGCUCUUCUGAAAAUCGGAGAAGACCGUAUGGAAACAAAUAGUGACGGAAUGAUUACAUUGAAUCGUGAAUUUUGUAAUGUUGUCUGUAACAUGGAUGACUUAAAGAACAACGUCUAUCCCGAUCUUGCAACCAAUAUGAAGAACAGACAAUGGCUGUGCGAAAGGGCAAUUUUAGCACCGACAAACGAAGUAGUGGGGCAGAUCAACGAAUAA